UGGGCCAACCUGAUGAUCCCGUAGAUCGCUACCGAGGACACUCAUCGGGCGUAGAUCGAAGUGUGUGUGCGAUCUAUCGGGAGGUCAGCGAACGCGCGCUCGGCACGAUGCGUGAGUGCCGAUCGAGGAGAAAGAUAUGGCGCGCGCUUGAGAAAGGUCGUGGAACAAAGUGGUAGCAAAAUUGUUUACGAGUUAUUAAUAAUAAACAAAGACUUUCCAAUCCCAUCGUUUUGAAGGAAGUAACGCGUUAACGUUUCUUAGCGUUCUUCGAAAGAAAACGAAAAUAUAACAGUGGCGACGAGUUGAAAAAAAAACAAAUAAGACUUUCACAGUGCAGUGCAAUUAGUACGAAAGGCAUUGUUAAAGUGUUCGCGUGUGAAGUGCAUCCUUUACCGGAAAAGAGAGGCAAUUCCAUCGAAGCGGCAUUAAAAUGUUUAAUCCCGAAGGCGAUGCCGAGAUGGAAGAGCAGCGACGUUUGUCUCUAAACGGUGCAAGGGCUCUGAACCCGGGCUUUGUUCAGCCAACGCAAAGUGCACCGAUGCAACCAGCACAACCGCCAUCGCAAAAUCCCGUUGCUUCAUCGGCACAAGCAGGACUAGUCAUGACAGGUUCUGAAACGGGAAUGUUUUUGCAAAUGCUGAAUCUUAUGCAGCAGCAAAUGCAGCAGCAGCAGCAACAGCUAUCUCAGCAGCAACAAAUGAUGGCACACAUGAUGCAACAAACACCACACACGACAGCGCAGCCCCAACAACAAGCCCAGCAGGCUCAACAGUACGCACAGCAGCCCGCAGCACCAAGGAAUCCAGAGUUGAUUAUGGAUGCUUUGGCAGGAAGCAUCAACGAGUUUCGGUUCGAGGCAGAAUCCGGCGUGACGUUCCCUGCAUGGUAUGCACGUUACGAGGAUUUGUUCGUGCAAGACGCCUCCCGACUAGAGGAUUCAGCGAAAGUGCGGCUGCUCAUUCGCAAAUUGGGCACAGCGGAACACGCGCGGUACUGCAACUUCAUCCUUCCCCGUGUUCCCCGCGACCUCACGUUCGACGAUACAGUUAGCAAACUGAAGGCCCUAUUUGGAAGCGCGGAGUCCCUACUUAGCAAGCGAUACAAGUGUUUGCAAAUUGUGAAAGCUCAUAACGAAGACCUGAUGACAUUCGCAUGUCGGGUUAAUCGCGCUUGUGUUGAUUUCCAAUUCAGCGCUAUGACCGAGGAGCAGUUCAAAUGCUUAAUGCUUGUUUGUGGGUUGAGAGAGGAAGGCGAUGCUGAAAUCCGCACACGGCUUCUUGCUCGCAUCGAGGACAAGGCAGACCUCACGCUGGAGCAGCUUUCUGCCGAAGCUCAGCGCAUCACAAGCUUGAAGGUGGACAGCGCGAUGAUAGCCACCGAGGGAAACGAGCGAGUUUUCGCUAUGCGCGGUGACUACAAGCAGCGGUACGCGCAGCAGACACAACGCAGCUUCAGCAAACAGCAGCAUCCUCAGCAAGCAGACAGAAGCGCACCAGCAGCGAAACCACCGGGUCCAUGCUGGUUAUGCGGCGAUCAUCAUUGGAUACGAGAUUGUUCGUACCGGUCGCAUAAGUGCGAGGAUUGUGGCAAGUAUGGGCACCGCGAAGGGCAUUGUAACACUGCAGGGCGAAAGAAAAGAAAAAAUAAUUUCUACAAGCGCUCUUCAGUAGCGACAAGGGUAGUUUCCGUUAAUAUUUUUAGCGUACAACAAAACCGGAAAUAUGUGACUAUCCACAUUGGGCAGAAAUCGGCCAGGUUACAGCUCGACACUGGCUCGGACAUUACGAUCAUAGGACGAAAGACCUGGAAACAGCUCGGCAUGCCAACUCUAUCUCCAGCGCAAGUGCACGCGAAAACGGCAACUGGUGCACACAUUCAGCUGGAUGGCGAAUUUGAAGCGGAUAUCACGAUUAACGGAAGGACUGAAACGGCGAUAAUAAGAGUCAUUCCGUCAGAUUUGCAGCUAUUAGGAGCCGAUCUAAUUGAUAUCUUUUCGCUUGCAGCCAUGCCGAUGAACCAGUUUUGCAACAGAAUAGAGAGCGAUUCUGCAAAAUGGGAGAAGCGAUUUCCAGCUGUUUUCCACGGUACAGGUUUAUGCACAAAGGCCAACAUAAAGCUGCAAUUGAAGGAAAAUGUCCGUCCUAUUUUCUGUCCGAAGCGUCCCGUAGCUUACGCUAUGCAGGCAACAGUCGAGAAAGAGCUAGACAGGCUACAAGCACUCAAAGUCAUUACGCCAGUUGACUAUUCCGAGUGGGCCGCACCGAUUGUCGUCGUUAGAAAGGGGAACGGUAGUAUUCGCAUUUGUGGGGAUUACUCCACCGGACUAAAUUCAGCUCUUCGGUCAUACGAAUACCCAUUACCGCUUCCAGACGAUAUUUUCGCUAAGCUAGCCCAAAGCAGAUUCUUUAGCAAAAUCGACCUUUCAGACGCCUUUUUACAGGUCGAAAUUGAUGCCAAAUACCGACCCUUGCUAACCAUAAAUACACAUCGCGGCUUAUAUUAUUACAAUCGCCUGCCGCCCGGCAUCAAAAUAGCUCCUGCAGCAUUCCAGCAGCUAAUAGACACCAUGCUUGCUGGACUAAAAGGAACAUCCGGAUAUAUGGAUGACGUAAUCGUUGGAGGCAAAACGGAACGCGAGCACGAUGAAAAUCUGCUGAAUCUAUUCCGCCGAAUACAGGAAUUCGGAUUCACUAUCCGUGCAGACAAAUGUGCGUUCAAAAUGCAGCAGAUAGAGUAUCUGGGUUUCAUCGUCGAUAGUCGUGGCCUUAGACCAAACCCAGCAAAAAUCGACAUAAUUCAGAAGCUGCCAACACCAACAAAUAUCAGCGAGGUACGUUCAUUCCUAGGCGCGAUCAACUACUAUGGAAAGUUCGUUUCGAAAAUGCGCGACCUACGAUACCCGCUAGAUAUGCUAUUGAAAGACGAGAGCAAAUUUUUAUGGACUCGGGAAUGUGAUCGAGCCUUCAGCAAAUUUAAGGAAAUUCUCUCGUCCGAUUUACUGCUGACACAUUAUGACCCGAACGCCGAAAUUGUGGUAUCUGCAGAUGCAUCAGCAGUUGGACUUGGUGCAACAAUUAGCCACUAA